AAAGCCCCACCACGUACCUUUCCUCUAGCUUAUAAACAGCUCACUUGGAAACGGUUCUCCAUAACUUCCCUUGACGUCAAGUCUAUUUCUUGACCAGAAAAAACCUCCUCUCUCUCGUGUUUCUUUUUGCAAGAUUCAUCCAGCUCCCAACACAUACAUUCUAGCUUCAACUUUCCAGCUUUGCAUUUAAUAGCCAUACUUGAAGCUUGGGCAAGCAAUGGCAUCAAAUUCCCUCUCUUCUUCCUCUUCAUGGACAGCCAAAGAAAAUAAAUUGUUUGAAAAGGCCCUUGCUAAAUAUGACAAGGAUACCGCAGACCGUUGGCAAAAUGUGGCUAGGGCGGUAGGGAAAACUGAGGAGGAAGUGAAAAGGCACUAUCAAAUCCUUGUGGAAGACCUCAAGCACAUCGAGUCUGGCAAUGUUCCAUUUCCAAAUUACAGGUCAGGCAGAAACAAACGCUGAGACAUCAAGCCAGAGGAUGCAAACUCAGGGCAGUAAACUCUGGGUUACAAGUUAUCCAGGCUGAAGGUAAAACGAUCAGCAUGAGUCUAGAAGGGUUCAGGGAUGCCAAGAAUUAA